AUGACACCGCCUCUGUCUCACGCCUGCCCCGGCCUGAGCCCCCCCGGAGAACCACCCCUGUACCCCCCCCGUAUUGGUGUGAGGCGCCCGAGGAAGUACUUGCUUCAGAAAGCAAUCUUGACACCGAAAGCUUCCGCUCGGAUGGUCUUCGCCUCCAAGGUUGCGCGCCUUCUGUUUCGGGGGUCGGCGCGCGGCGCAAGGGCUGCCAGUGAGGAGGGUUUUAGGACUUUGGAGGGGGGCGACGCUGGGAGCGCGGCCAGCUUCUCCUGGGCGACCCCGUUUUCCACGCUCUCUACCCUGCUGUCGCCUAAGAACUACCGGGGGCUGUCCGAAAGCGUCCGGUGGGGGGAGAAGGGGGAGGGCUUCGAUGAGGACCUGGGUUUUGAAAUAGCAAGUAUUAUGAAGAGGUCACAGGUGUCCGAAUCGAUGGAGAGCUGA